AUGACCACCUCCUCCUCCAAGGCUGAAGCUGCUACUCGAGGAGCCGCCAGCGCCUCCAAAACCUCCACCUCCAGCUCCUCCGCCAUAUCCACCACCGCCCCCGCCACCUCCUCCGCCUCCAUGUCCUCCGCCUACGCCGGGGGCUCCGAGGCUGAAGCUGUGACUCGACGUCCCUCCUGCGCCUCCGCCGUGGCCUCCGCCGCCUCCUCCUCCAAAUCCUCCACCUCCAUAGCCGCCGCCGCUGCCUCCUCCUCCUCCUCCUCCUCCCAGGCUGAAGCUAUGACUCGACGACCCUCCAGAGCCGCCGCCUCCGUAGCCACCCCCUCCCCCGCCGCCAUGCCCCCCUCCUGCGCCGCCUCCUGCCGCGCCCAGGACGACCAGCGAAGCCAGGCUCAGCAGCGCGAACUUCCUCUGCAAAGGCCACCGAGGAGGAGGAAGGGAUUAUAUGGAAAAUUAUAA